AUGUCAUAUGUCCUGACUUUUCCAACUUUGGUUUCAGGUGGAUAUGUUGCUAACAGUCUAGCCAUUAUGACAGAUGCACUUCAUAUGUUAACUGACCUUAGUGGUAUUAUUUUGACCCUGCUCGCUCUCUGGCUGUCUGGAAAAUCUCCCACAAAGAGGUUCACUUUUGGAUUUCAUCGCUUAGAAGUAUUGUCAGCCAUUAUUAGUGUAUUGCUGGUCUACAUCCUUAUGGCAUUCCUCUUGUAUGAAGCUAUUCAAAGAACUAUCCAUAUGGACUAUGAAAUAAAUGGAGAUAUCAUGCUGAUUACAGCAGCCGUUGGUGUUGCAGUUAACUUAAUAAUGGGUUUUUUGCUGAAUCAGUCUGGCCACCUUCACUCCCACUCUCAUGCCCACCCUCACUCUCAUGUACCUCGGUCGAACUCUCCUAACGCAGCCCACAGCAGUAGCCACGGCCACAGCAGCCUUGCUGUGAGAGCGGCGUUUGUGCAUGCCCUUGGGGACCUGGUACAAAGUAUUGGUGUGCUUGUAGCUGCGUACAUCAUACGCUUCAAGCCAGAAUACAAGAUUGCUGAUCCUAUAUGUACAUAUAUAUUCUCCAUACUGGUGGUUUUGACAACAGUACGAAUUCUCCGUGAUACAGGAGUUAUUAUUCUGGAAGGAGUUCCAAGACAUUUAAAUGUGGAUCGCAUUAAGGAAGACUUGAUGAAAAUUGACGAUGUUUAUUCUAUAGAAGAUUUAAAUGUUUGGUCUCUCACUGCAGGAAAAACAACUGCCAUAGUCCACUUGCAACUAGUUCCUGGUAGUUCAUCAAAAUGGGAGGAAGUCCAGUCCAAGGCCCGGCAACUGCUGCUGAACACGUUUGGAAUGUACAAGUGCUCUGUCCAGCUUCAGAGUUACAAACAGGAAAGGAGCAAAACAUGCGCAAGUUGUCAGAGCUCCAGUGCCUAAUUUCAUGUUUUGG